AUGCUUGAUCGAUUAGAUAAAAUAGUGACGGCAUUAACAACUGCAAAAUUGACGCGUUCAAGUAUAACAAUGUCAAGUAUGACUUCACCAUCUCGAUCAUUCGUCACAAAAUCCAGUGCGCAAAUCCGGCAGGAAGUGGAUAGUCGACAUUGGCAAUUGUUUGAAACGCGCUUGAAAACUCCGGCAACACAAGGCAAUAAAGAUAAUUAUACGAAAUCGAAUGAUUAUCGUAUUAUUGAUCGAUUGAAGAAGCUCGAUCGAGUACAAACACCGAUCGAACCGGAUCAACGAUGGAAAGCAUUUUGUUCACAAUUGACGAGUAAAACGGGUGAAAUAUCUCAGUUGAUGUCGAUCUUUCACAACGUGUGGACUAAGAAUUGGAACGUGACGAAGUCAGAGACGAAAAGCAAUACGAACGAAAAUGCCUUUAUGAAAAAUUUCGCUUCGAAUGAACGUGAUAAGAAAGUGAUUUCUUCUAUUCUACAUCAGAACUUUUAG